CGUUAUAUCCAUGUUUCAUCUUUUUUAAUCAUUCUGAUAAAAAUAUGAUUUUGCAUAAACGUUCACAGCUUAGUUAUGAGGUGCGAGAAAAAGUAUGAAGAUCUAGAACUACUCUUUGUAUACAUAAAGAUAAAAAAAUAUAUAAUAAAGACAUAAAAUAUAAAAAUAUAUAAAAAUUGAUAGUUUCCGUAUGGUUUUACAAUUAUGAGAUGCGAAACGCUAUUGAACUCAAACGUUGCAAGUAAUACAAGAGAAUAACAAAGAAGUACAUAAACCUAGAAUUACUGCGUCCAUAACAAGUUUCCAAUCGUUCUCAAUUAUUUCAAUCCGCGACAAUAGGCAGUCCUGUCGCGGAUGUUUAAAGAAAAGAGAAUCGCAUUGGUCUCAAUUGGUUUGCAUUGAGGGGUAUUAAAAGCGUAAAACGAUUGCAAAAUCUCUGACGGAAGGAAGAACGUCGCCAGCAUAUCCUGCGCCACGGACAAAUUAAUCCGAUCUAUUUACAACAGACAGAGUUAUAUGUUGUACGGUUGCAAACAUACGGCGUAUCACGUGAUUCAGAAUCUCCCCCGUGUAAUCUGGACCACUGGGUUCGUAUAUGUAUGCCACGGAAUAUUAGUAUCCUGACGACCCGUUUCGACGAUCAGUUUGAUAGCAGCCGUUGAAGAGAUCAUAAAGCGGAUCUUUAUCCAGAAAGAAGGACAUCCUACGAUUAACUACCCUGUUUUGUCCGCGGUUCUCUGCAACCACCGAAGAGAUCUUUCGAGAAUCGUGAUCCUGUAGAGACAAUAAAUUGACUGCUGUUUACCAUCACUGAUUCAGAGUGAAAACCAUCCGGAGUUAUCCUUCAAUAUGCUUGCAGUAUUUCUGCUGUUAAUACCUACGUUUUGGGGAGAUGAAACCGAAGCUAGUGUUCUCGUGGCAGACACCACAAUGUCCAGAAUGGUUGAACUGAACGCCAACGCACCCUUCUGCGCUUUGUACACCGACCGUGGUGUUAUUCAGAAAAUGAUCCUUGGAGCUGACCCGAAAAAGGUCCGACAAAUAUCGGCGAACCUCGUAGCAGACUUGGAGGAAACGUGUAAAGCUUCUCGUGACAAGGGAAAGAACCAGCCUCCAGGCAGUGGACUGAUCUAUCCAGGUACAAAAUGGUGUGGACCAGGCACUUUGGCAAAAUCGUACGACGACCUUGGUCACCACGCAAGCGAGGAUGCUUGUUGCAGAGAACAUGACCACUGUCCAAUGACGAUAUCGCCUAAACAGUGUAUUAAUGGCAUAUGCAACAAUUCACCGUUCACGCGGUCCCACUGUGACUGCGAUGCCAAGUUCCGUAGAUGCCUGCAGAACCUCAAUUCUGAAGUGGCGAACACCCUUGGUGCCCUUUUCUUCAAUGUGAUACAAGUGACUUGUUUUAAAGAGAGGCGUCCGUGCUCUCAAUGGCAGAGAAAUGGUUACACGGAAUCGGAGUUGAGCCUGUUGUGCUCCCAGUACAAAUUCCGACCGAGCGACAAGUACGUGCCGUUGAUGCCCUUGAACAUGAACUAGCUAUUGCGGAAACGCAAGAAGAACGGACCAGAUAGCCUUUGAAGUGAUGCCAGUUAACAGAGUUCUAAUGAGCGGGAUAAUUGCACGCGCCUCAGCCACGUACCUCGCAAGCCCCUUCUCUUUUUUUUCAUGCAGAACCGACCUGUCUGGGAAUCUUCUUUCCCGGUCAUUCAUGAAUUUACAUUGUUACAGGUCACUGCUUCCCCUGGAAUGCCAUUUUUUCUCGCUGACUCUGAGAUUGCUCUUGAAAUCUAAAGAUUUAAUUCCUGGCGAAUGUAAAAGGUAUUAGCUUCUUUCUUUGUUUUUCUGGCUUAUUCCAAGUAAAAGAAAAAGAGAAAUAAGACGAGAUUUCUUAGAUUUUAUAGAAUUAAAGAUUUCUAGAAAAAUCUUGACAGAGACAUAUGGGAAUAUAUAUCUUCUUUUCUAUCUCAAGUGGAAGAAAAAGAAGAAGAACUUGGUGUUUCUUAGCUUUUGUAAAAUUAAAAAUUCCUUUUAAAAGUCUUGGAGAAUUUAAAAGCUAUAAAAAUCUACAAACUAAUGUUAUCCCUGAAUAGGACAAGAUGAAUUAAAGGGUAACGAAAGCAACAGAUAGGUUCACAACGGCCUGAAAGCGAGAAACGGCUAUGCAAAUGUUAACACCUUGCAAUUCUGUUGCAGUAUGUGCGAGGUUAGUCGUGUGUUGCCACAAAAAUUUAUUUUGCCCUUCGUUCCGUAAUCUUGAAAUGAAGCGUAGAAAAGAUAUUGUGCAGUAUCUCGAAUGCCCUUGAAAAGAAAUUGGCGCAAAACUUGAAGAAAGGACCACAAACUUCAAGGGCGUUACGUAUAAGUAAUUGAAUCAAAUUUAUAUUACGGACAAAAUAAUUCAUAAUUUUACUGCUCAAUGUUACUCUUUUAACGUAUUUCCAACUUUAAAAGUGACGGUUUAGGUGAUUAACCUUCGUAGUAAGAGCAAGAGAAAGUUAUUCACCGUAGACAUACAAAGUAGUGAGAACUUUGUUCGUUUUUUGGUAAAUUUAAAUUGAAGCAAAGUUCAGCAACGGGAAGAAAUAAGAUACAGUAUGAUUAUUGAAGAAUUGUUGCUCGAUUGAAUGCGAUAAAGGAAGGUUUUACCGGAACUAUGGUACCGAAACAAGGUUCGCGUCCCUUGCACAUCAUUCGUCGCCAUUGCCGUUACGCAAAUGCAUGCAGUUGCAUAAAAACGCGCGGCAUUAGCUACGAUCCUUCUUAGAUUAGGAUUAUCCAUCAAGUUGAUGCGGAGAAAGUUGAAAGGAAUUUAUUAAAAUUUAUUACAAAUCGCUAAAUAGUACUGUAAUAACGCAUCGAAUUAAAUUCUUUUAUGAAGUGACAGAUGAUGUUAGUUCUACAUUAACUUGAUGGAUUUACAACGAACCAAUGAAUUCCACUAUGUUUACGAUUUUUCUAUCCUCUUUGAUAGCUUGGACUCUGAAACUUGUGCAUUCAACAAAUCUCUAUCUCAUUUAAGACAUUUUUAAGGCCGCUCGUGUACCCGAUGCAAGAUAAAAUUAGCACCAGAGAUAACAAUUUGAAUUAAAUAUUCAAGAAUCAUGAAAGAUUAUGAUUCGUUCCAUUCGCACUGCUCAAAAUAAUCUGGAAGACACUUGAUCACACAGAUUCGUUAUUCCUUAUUUUCGCUGUGAAUGCUGCACAAGUUGGGUUCAAUGUCUGAGCCUCAUUAAAUAUUUUAUAUUCUCAUCUAACCGUAUAUCUUACGUCCUAGAACUUGAAAAACAUGUUGACACUGAAAUGCCCUUGACGCUUUUAUCUUUCACAUAACUGUCUAAUCUUUUUUUAACUUGUUAACCAGGGAGAUACAGAAACAGAAAAUUUUCGUCUUUUGACUUUGUUUUAACAAUAUUUUACUAUAAAAAAAAGAAUACUAAUUAUUUUGAGCAGUGGUCGAGAAAGAAAACGAAGAUAUUAGAGAAAACGGAAUGACGACGGCCCUGCACAAUCUUUACUGUGAUUGAAAUUAUUCAGACGUAAGCAUGUUGUACAGUUUUACUCGUGUAGAGGUAUGUUAUAAGCAACCGACCGUUAUUUGUGGCUACUCGUGCCCAAAUAAUCGAUGAGGCAUUGAGAGUGCCGGAAGUUGUCGCUGGACGACCGAGGAUUAUCCGGAUUUUGUAAAUAUUUCGAGAAGGUCAGCCGGGGAAGAGUGCAAUCGAUUGAGCAUGUCACAUUGAUGUUAUGUUGAGAAUACCUCAGUGACAUUUUAUUUCCUGAAGACCUUCGAUUGACCAACGAUACAGUGAAAUCUAACAAAUUCGAGACAAACUGAAAGAAAAGUUGGAUUAUGUCAG